CUCUCGCGCGCCCGGUGUCUCCCUCUCGCUGCCUCUGCAGAAACAGCUCCUGCCAGAGCGGCGCUCGGCGCGGCGCGGCGCGGCGGGCCCGGAGCGGCGGCGGCGGCUCUUCCUGCCUCCGCGCCCAGGAGUUGCCGGCUCCCUUUGACAGCAGAGAGCCGGGCAGGGGCCUCAGGAGGACUCGCCGGGAGUGGGCAGAGGCGCCUCGGCCCCUACCGGCCCAGGCGGGCCCCGCGCGCCCCCCGCCCCUCCUUUCCGCCUCUUCUCGCCCUGCCUCUCCCGAUUUAUUUUUUCAAAUGGUGUAGCCGCCAGAGGUGCGGUGCUCAAUUCUUGGAAGGGGCCCGGAUGUACUGAGGAUGCAUUACAAUUUCACUCGAGGAGGCAGUAGUGGAAAGGAGCAGUUUUUGGGGUUUGAUGCCAUAAUGGGAAUCAGGUAAUCGUCGGCAGGGAAGAAGCAGCACUGCAGACCACGGCUUCCUCGAAUCUUGCACGAAAGCCGCCGGCCUCGGAGGAGGGAUUAAUCCAGACCCGCUGGGGGGUGUUUUCACAUUUCUUCCUCUUCGUGGCUGCUCCUCCUUUGAAAACCAUUUUUGGUCCAUGGUCAAUGAGAAUACGAGGAUGUACAUUCCAGAGGAAAACCACCAAGGUUCUAACUAUGGGAGCCCACGCCCCGCCCAUGCCAACAUGAAUGCCAAUGCGGCCGCGGGACUGGCCCCUGAGCACAUCCCCACCCCGGGGGCCGCCCUGUCCUGGCAGGCGGCCAUCGACGCAGCCCGGCAGGCUAAGCUGAUGGGCAGCGCUGGCAACGCGACCAUCUCCACAGUCAGCUCCACGCAGCGGAAGCGGCAGCAAUAUGGGAAACCCAAGAAGCAGGGCAGCACCACGGCCACACGCCCGCCCCGAGCCCUGCUCUGCCUGACCCUGAAGAACCCCAUCCGGAGGGCCUGCAUCAGCAUUGUCGAAUGGAAACCAUUUGAAAUAAUUAUUUUACUGACUAUUUUUGCCAAUUGUGUGGCCUUAGCGAUCUAUAUUCCCUUUCCAGAAGAUGAUUCCAACGCCACUAAUUCCAACCUGGAACGAGUGGAAUAUCUCUUUCUCAUAAUUUUUACGGUGGAAGCAUUUUUAAAAGUCAUCGCCUAUGGACUCCUCUUUCACCCCAAUGCCUACCUCCGCAACGGCUGGAAUCUGCUCGAUUUUAUCAUUGUGGUUGUGGGGCUUUUUAGUGCAAUUUUAGAACAAGCAACCAAAGCAGAUGGGGCGAACGCUCUCGGAGGGAAAGGGGCCGGAUUUGAUGUGAAAGCGCUGAGGGCCUUCCGCGUGCUGCGCCCCCUGCGGCUGGUGUCCGGAGUCCCAAGUCUCCAGGUGGUCCUGAAUUCCAUCAUCAAGGCCAUGGUCCCCCUGCUGCACAUCGCCCUGCUCGUGCUGUUUGUCAUCAUCAUCUACGCCAUCAUCGGCCUGGAGCUCUUCAUGGGGAAGAUGCACAAGACCUGCUACAACCAGGAGGGCAUAGCAGAUGUUCCAGCAGAAGAUGACCCUUCCCCUUGUGCGCUGGAAACAGGCCAUGGGCGGCAGUGCCAGAACGGCACGGUGUGCAAGCCUGGCUGGGAUGGUCCCAAGCACGGCAUCACCAACUUUGACAACUUUGCCUUCGCCAUGCUCACGGUGUUCCAGUGCAUCACCAUGGAGGGCUGGACGGACGUGCUGUACUGGGUCAAUGAUGCCGUAGGAAGGGACUGGCCCUGGAUCUAUUUUGUUACACUAAUCAUCAUAGGGUCAUUUUUUGUACUUAACUUGGUUCUCGGUGUGCUUAGCGGAGAGUUUUCCAAAGAGAGGGAGAAGGCCAAGGCCCGGGGAGAUUUCCAGAAGCUGCGGGAGAAGCAGCAGCUAGAAGAGGAUCUCAAAGGCUACCUGGACUGGAUCACUCAGGCUGAAGACAUCGAUCCCGAGAACGAGGACGAAGGCAUGGAUGAGGAGAAGCCCCGAAACAUGAGCAUGCCCACCAGUGAGACCGAGUCUGUCAACACCGAAAACGUGGCUGGAGGUGACAUCGAGGGAGAAAACUGCGGGGCCAGGCUGGCCCACCGGAUCUCCAAGUCAAAGUUCAGCCGCUACUGGCGCCGGUGGAAUCGGUUCUGCAGAAGAAAGUGCCGUGCCGCGGUCAAGUCUAAUGUCUUCUACUGGCUGGUGAUUUUCCUGGUGUUCCUCAACACGCUCACCAUUGCCUCUGAGCACUACAACCAGCCCCACUGGCUCACGGAAGUCCAAGACACGGCGAACAAGGCCCUGCUGGCCCUCUUCACGGCAGAGAUGCUCCUGAAGAUGUACAGCCUGGGCCUGCAGGCCUACUUCGUGUCCCUCUUCAACCGCUUUGACUGCUUCGUCGUGUGUGGCGGCAUCCUGGAGACCAUCCUGGUAGAGACCAAGAUCAUGUCCCCACUGGGCAUCUCCGUGCUCCGAUGCGUCCGGUUGCUGAGGAUAUUCAAGAUCACGAGGUACUGGAACUCCUUGAGCAACCUGGUGGCAUCCUUGCUGAACUCUGUGCGCUCCAUCGCCUCCCUGCUCCUUCUCCUCUUCCUCUUCAUCAUCAUCUUCUCCCUCCUGGGGAUGCAGCUCUUUGGAGGAAAGUUCAACUUUGAUGAGAUGCAGACCCGGAGGAGCACAUUUGAUAACUUCCCCCAGUCCCUCCUCACUGUGUUUCAGAUCCUGACCGGGGAGGACUGGAAUUCGGUGAUGUAUGAUGGGAUCAUGGCUUAUGGCGGCCCCUCUUUUCCAGGGAUGUUAGUCUGUAUUUACUUCAUCAUCCUCUUCAUCUGUGGAAACUAUAUCCUACUGAAUGUGUUCUUGGCCAUUGCUGUGGACAACCUGGCUGACGCUGAGAGCCUCACAUCUGCCCAAAAGGAGGAGGAAGAGGAGAAGGAGAGAAAGAAGCUGGCCAGGACUGCCAGCCCAGAGAAGAAACAAGAGAUGGUGGAGAAGCCGGCAGUGGAGGAAUCCAAGGAGGAGAAGAUUGAGCUGAAAUCCAUCACGGCUGACGGAGAGUCUCCACCCACCACCAAGAUCAACAUGGAUGACCUCCAGCCCAAUGAAAAUGAGGAUAAGAGCCCCUACCCCAACCCAGAGACUACAGGAGAAGAGGAUGAGGAGGAGCCAGAGAUGCCUGUCGGCCCUCGCCCACGCCCACUCUCUGAGCUUCACCUUAAGGAAAAGGCAGUGCCCAUGCCAGAAGCCAGCGCGUUUUUCAUCUUCAGCUCUAACAACAGGUUUCGCCUCCAGUGCCACCGCAUUGUCAACGACACGAUCUUCACCAACCUGAUCCUCUUCUUCAUUCUGCUCAGCAGCAUUUCCCUGGCUGCUGAGGACCCGGUCCAGCACACCUCCUUCAGGAACCAUAUUCUGUUUUAUUUUGAUAUUGUUUUUACCACCAUUUUCACCAUUGAAAUUGCUCUGAAGAUGACUGCUUAUGGGGCUUUUCUGCACAAGGGCUCCUUCUGCCGGAACUACUUCAACAUCCUGGACCUGCUGGUGGUCAGCGUGUCCCUCAUCUCCUUUGGCAUCCAGUCCAGUGCAAUCAAUGUCGUGAAGAUCUUGCGAGUCCUGCGAGUACUCAGGCCCCUGAGGGCUAUCAACAGGGCCAAGGGGCUAAAGCAUGUGGUUCAGUGUGUGUUUGUCGCCAUCCGGACCAUCGGGAACAUCGUGAUUGUCACCACCCUGCUGCAGUUCAUGUUCGCCUGCAUCGGGGUCCAGCUCUUCAAGGGAAAGCUGUACACCUGUUCAGACAGCUCCAAGCAGACAGAGGCGGAAUGCAAGGGCAACUACAUCACGUACAAAGACGGGGAGGUUGACCACCCCAUCAUCCAACCCCGCAGCUGGGAGAACAGCAAGUUUGACUUUGACAAUGUUCUGGCCGCCAUGAUGGCCCUCUUCACCGUCUCCACCUUCGAAGGGUGGCCAGAGCUUCUGUACCGCUCCAUCGACUCCCACACCGAAGACAAGGGUCCCAUCUACAAUUACCGCGUGGAGAUCUCCAUCUUCUUCAUCAUCUACAUCAUCAUCAUCGCCUUCUUCAUGAUGAACAUCUUCGUGGGCUUCGUCAUCGUCACCUUCCAGGAGCAGGGGGAGCAGGAGUACAAGAACUGUGAGCUGGACAAGAACCAGCGACAGUGUGUGGAAUACGCCCUCAAGGCCCGGCCCCUGCGGAGGUAUAUCCCCAAGAACCAGCACCAGUACAAAGUGUGGUACGUGGUCAACUCCACCUACUUCGAGUACCUGAUGUUCGUCCUCAUCCUGCUCAACACCAUCUGCCUGGCCAUGCAGCACUACGGCCAGAGCUGCCUGUUCAAAAUCGCCAUGAACAUCCUCAACAUGCUCUUCACUGGCCUCUUCACUGUGGAGAUGAUCCUGAAGCUCAUUGCCUUCAAACCCAAGGGUUACUUUAGUGAUCCCUGGAAUGUUUUUGACUUCCUCAUCGUAAUUGGCAGCAUAAUUGACGUCAUUCUCAGUGAGACUAAUCACUAUUUCUGUGAUGCAUGGAAUACAUUUGACGCCUUGAUUGUUGUGGGUAGCAUUGUUGAUAUAGCAAUCACCGAGGUAAACCCAGCUGAACAUACCCAAUGCUCUCCCUCUAUGAACGCAGAGGAAAACUCGCGCAUCUCCAUCACCUUCUUCCGCCUAUUCCGGGUCAUGCGCCUGGUGAAGCUGCUGAGCCGCGGGGAGGGCAUCCGGACGCUGCUGUGGACCUUCAUCAAGUCCUUCCAGGCCCUGCCCUAUGUGGCCCUCCUGAUCGUGAUGCUGUUCUUCAUCUACGCGGUGAUCGGGAUGCAGGUGUUUGGGAAAAUUGCCCUGAAUGAUACCACAGAGAUCAACCGGAACAACAACUUUCAGACCUUCCCCCAGGCUGUGCUGCUCCUCUUCAGGUGUGCCACCGGGGAGGCCUGGCAGGACAUCAUGCUGGCCUGCAUGCCAGGCAAGAAGUGUGCCCCGGAGUCCGAGCCCGGCAACAGCACGGAGGGUGAAUCACCCUGUGGCAGCAGCUUUGCCGUCUUCUACUUCAUCAGCUUCUACAUGCUCUGUGCCUUCCUGAUCAUCAACCUCUUUGUAGCUGUCAUCAUGGACAACUUUGACUACCUGACAAGGGACUGGUCCAUCCUUGGUCCCCACCACCUGGAUGAGUUUAAAAGAAUCUGGGCAGAGUAUGACCCUGAAGCCAAGGGUCGUAUCAAACACCUGGAUGUGGUGACCCUCCUCCGGCGGAUUCAGCCCCCACUAGGUUUUGGGAAGCUGUGCCCUCACCGCGUGGCUUGCAAACGCCUGGUCUCCAUGAAUAUGCCUCUGAACAGCGACGGGACAGUCAUGUUCAAUGCCACCCUGUUUGCCCUGGUCAGGACAGCCCUGAGGAUCAAAACAGAAGAGGGACCCAGCCCAUCAGAGGCCCACCAAGGGGCUGAGGAUCCUUUCCGCCCUGCAGGGAACCUCGAACAGGCCAAUGAGGAGCUGCGGGCCAUCAUCAAGAAGAUCUGGAAGCGGACCAGCAUGAAGCUGCUGGACCAGGUGGUGCCUCCUGCAGGCGAUGAUGAGGUCACCGUUGGCAAGUUCUACGCCACAUUCCUGAUCCAGGAGUACUUCCGGAAGUUCAAGAAGCGCAAAGAGCAGGGCCUUGUGGGCAAACCCUCCCAGAGGAACGCACUGUCUCUGCAGGCUGGCUUGCGCACGCUGCACGACAUCGGGCCUGAGAUCCGACGGGCCAUCUCUGGAGAUCUCACCGCUGAGGAGGAGCUGGACAAGGCCAUGAAGGAGGCUGUGUCCACUGCUUCUGAAGAUGACAUCUUCAGGAGGGCCGGUGGCCUGUUCGGCAACCACGUCAGCUACUACCAAAGCGACGGCCGGAGCGCCUUCCCCCAGACCUUCACCACUCAGCGCCCACUGCACAUCAACAAGGCGGGCAGCAGCCAGGGCGACACUGAGUCGCCAUCCCACGAGAAGCUGGUGGACUCCACCUUCACCCCCAGCAGCUACUCGUCCACCGGCUCCAACGCCAACAUCAACAAUGCCAACAACACCGCCCUGGGUCGCCUCCCUCGCCCCGCCGGCUACCCCAGCACGGUCAGCACUGUGGAGGGCCAUGGGCCCCCCUUGUCCCCUGCCAUCCGGGUGCAGGAGGUGGCGUGGAAGCUCAGCUCCAACAGGUGCCACUCCGGGGAGAGCCAGACAGCCAUGGUGGGUCCGGAGGAGACGUCUCAGGAUGAGUCCUAUGAAGUGAAGAUGAACCAUGACGCGGAGGCCUGCAGUGAGCCCAGCCUGCUCUCCACAGACAUGCUGUCCUACCAGGAUGACGAAAAUCGGCAACUGACGCUCCCAGAGGAGGACAAGAGGGACAUCCGGCAAUCCCCAAAGAGGGGUUUCCUCCGCUCUGCCUCACUAGGUAAAUGCACCCCUCGCUCUCCAGAUGUGGCCGGUGGUAACUCCCAAGAGAACGCCGGUCAGGUACUCAGGGAUGACUGAGAAACCAUUGUGGCCUGCCUCAAACCAGCCCCACACAGUGGGGGGAUUUCCAAAGCAAGGAGACAACAAUCCAAAGGCAGGGUGUGCU